AUGGCUCUAGGCUUGCAAAUGUUGCAUUUUGAUCAAUUCUUAAAAACAAAAAGUACAAAAUUUGAUUUUCUGAAAGAGCUGAUUUACGACGAUCUUUUAGAGUACCAAGACACAAAUCUUCUAUCAUCAAUUAGGUCAGAGGAAUUCUUAACUAAUGGCGUAUUAUCUGAACUUUUUUGUUCAUACAAACAAUAUGUAAAUCGAACGCUGCGAGGCGAUCAUGGGAAAACAACUCAUUACUAUAUGAUUUAUAUACAGUUGGUCAACUAUUACGUUACUUUAUCAAGAAGCAUGGGUGAUUUUGAGAUGUUCAAAUAUAUAAUUCCCAAAAUAACUAAUUUAUUUUUUAUGGUUAAUCAACAAAACUACGCUCGAUGGUGUGUUAAAUAUUUGGACAAUUUAAAUAACAUUAACGAAACGCACCCAGGACUUGAAGAUGAUUUUAAGAAAUGUUUCUUUGGAAUUAAAAGAACCGAAAAUUAUUUUUCAAGAAUACCAAUAGAUCUUACAUUGGAGCAAACUAUUAAUGCUAAUGCAGCUAGAGGAUUAAGUGGAAUUUCACAUUUUACUAACUCUAUAGCAGCACGUCAACGCUGGACAAAAAGCCACAGCACUCUAGCUGCGUUAAUUUCUCAUGUUCUUGAUGUUUUUGGGUUAAAAGAAUAUCAAGACGUUACUGCAGAUUUAAGACCUAGUAGAAUAAAAAUUUAUGCAAAACAAGUAACAGAUCUUGUUAAUAUACUUGAAAAUAAUUUUAAUCCAUUCGAUUCAAGUUUAGGUCGAGAUAAUCUUUAUAAUAUCGCUACUGCCAAGCAUACUGCUACAGAUGUUGCUGAAUUUUUACUAAAUAUUGAAAAGAAUGGCGAUAUUUUAAGAAAACAGUUCAUCAACGAAUGUGCUGAUAAUGAAGAGAGAUUCGACAAACCUAUUAAAAAAAAUCGAGUGCUUAACUUUGCUGCUGCUCCAAAAACAAAAGAAUUCACUCUUGGUAAUAAAGUCGUUGAAUUAAGAAUGCAAAGAGACAUAUUUGGUCGAAUGUUGGGAAUAUCUCUAGGCCAUAAGGUUGAUAUUGAAAAAGUACUUGCAUUCCCACUUACGCCUUUGCCAACAUCUAUGUGUCAUGCUGAUGGAACUAUUUGUAAAACGGAUAAGGCACAGUUAGUCAAAAUAUUUGAAAAAACAAUGGAAGACAAUAUCAAUGAGCACCCGUUGUGUUUCGACAUAACUAUACUAGAUGGCUUUUUAUGUUACACCAAAUGA